AUGCCAGCUUAUCAUUCCACGUUUCUUAACGAAAGCAGCGACUUUAGAGUUGUUGGUAACACAAGCAUUCUCCCUAUCAAAACCAAGUUUAGAGGCCCAGCUUAUCCUUCCAACUCUGAUUACGACAUUAUUGACGAAUGUCUAGAUUUGUUUAGGGCCAACUCAUUUUUCAAAAAUUUUGAGAUCAAAGGACCUGCUGAUAGGUUAUUGAUUUACGGAAUUUUGUUCAUUUCUAGCUGUUUGCAGCAAUUGAAGUCGAAUACUACCAAGAAUGAGGCCGUUAGAAUUCUAAGCAAUCUCUCGUUGGAUGACUUUUCGAUCCCAGGAGACGUCGGAUUUCCUUUGAAUUCUCUUUAUCAGCCACCAAGAGAUAAGACCGAAGCUGACCUUCUCCGAGGCUAUGUCCAGCAAUUCAGGCAAGAACUGGCCACUCGAUUGAUUGAGAGAUUGUACAGUGAAAGUGAUUCCAAGCCAUCCAAAUAUUGGCUUGCUUUCACUAGAAGGAGAUUUAUGAAUAAGAGUUUGUAG